AUGGAUCCCACGAGAUACCCCCCAAUCAUGCAUCCGCAGAUGGGCGAUACAAGCGCCGCAUACUCGCAGGUUAUGCAGCAUCCCCAAAUGUCUCAGCAACCCCCUCACAUGCCGAUGCAGAUGCCCCCAGCUCCCCAGCAAGUCGCGCAACAACAGCUCCCGCCACAACUCCCUCAUCAGGUCAAUCACGGCCAUGUCGCCCAGCAGCAGUACCCCACUCCUUUAUCGCAAUACCCGAGCUCUGAGAACAUGCAAAGCAACGGGAACCAGGUUGCCGCUGCGCCAGCCUCCUCGAUAAUCCCCUCGCCACGCCUUCCGCCGGGCCAAUCUCUACUACAGUCCAUCUCCAAGGUCGAUGAAGCGACGGGGAGGAAGUAUACGCUCGUCGUUGAACAGCAACCCAAGCGAGCGCGCAUGUGCGGUUUUGGCGACAAGGACCGACGACCCAUUACGCCCCCUCCGUGUGUAAGGCUGAUCGUGACUGACCUCAGCGGCAAAGAAGUUGAUGUCAACUCCAUUGACCAUGGAAUGUUUGUCCUCAAUGUCGAUCUAUGGAACGAAGACGGCUCGCGCGAAGUAAACCUCGUUCGACACUCAAGCGGGACACCUUCCAUUUCCUCCACGACGCCGGCGUCGUAUGGAAGCCUCACAUCAUCAACCCCUGCAUUUGCCAAUAUUCUCCCGUCUCACCGCGACUCGUCCUACCCGCCUUCGGAUAUGAGUGCAUACGGGCAGCCCAUCAUGUCUCAAUAUGGCAUCCCCCCGGGGUACGGUCAGGCUCCAUCCCCUUAUGGCCAAGGCCCGCAACCAGGAUAUCCUCAGUCGCCGUAUAUGCCUCCAAAUGCGUACUCCCCAGCGACCCAGUAUUAUCCGCAAGGUGACUUCCGAUCGAACAUGGGUCCUGUACCUCAGCUGCCUUCGAAUACGGCCAUGGGUCACUAUGGCGCAACGUCGCCAGGUUACGGCGAUCUUAGCCGGAUGGGUCACAACCAGCCACAAGGGAUGUUCACCCGCAACCUUAUUGGGAGCUUGGCUGCCAGCGCAUUCCGCCUAAUAGACUCCAAUGACAAAAUCGGCAUUUGGUUUGUGCUCCAAGAUCUCAGUGUCAGAACCGAGGGUCACUUCAGACUGAGAUUUUCAUUCGUUAAUGUUGGCCCGCCACCGAAUGCCAAUGGCAAUGGUGAGGGUCCGGUAGUUAACACUGGCAAGUCACCGGUGCUUGCCUCAUGCUUCAGCGAUGUCUUUACAGUUUUCUCGGCAAAGAAAUUCCCCGGAGUCUGUGAGAGUACACCGCUAUCCAAGUGCUUCGCCCACCAAGGAAUUAAGAUUCCCAUUCGGAAAGAAGCCAACAGCAGGGGCGGUGACGAUGACGACGACUACUAG